AAGCGGUGCCGGAAGCGCCCCUGCGCGCUCGGGGGAAGGAGGCUGCCGGCAGCCCUCGGAGUUUGGGGCCGCGCCGGGCACCGCCAUGGCCAAGCAGUACGACGCGGCCGAGUGCCCCUACUGCGACGAGGUCUCCAAGUACGAGAAGCUGGCCAAGAUCGGGCAGGGCACCUUCGGGGAGGUCUUCAAAGCCAAACAUCGGCAGACGGGCAAGAAGGUGGCGCUGAAGAAAGUGCUGAUGGAGAAUGAAAAAGAGGGGUUUCCAAUCACAGCUUUACGGGAGAUUAAAAUCCUGCAGUUGCUGAAACACGAAAAUGUCGUCAAUCUCAUUGAAAUUUGCCGGACUAAAGCUUCUCCCUACAAUCGUUGCAAAGGCAGCAUCUACCUGGUCUUCGACUUCUGCGAGCACGACCUGGCUGGCCUUCUCAGCAACGCCCACGUCAAGUUCACGCUCUCCGAGAUCAAGAAAGUCAUGCAGAUGCUUUUGAAUGGCCUCUACUACAUCCACCGGAAUAAGAUCCUUCACCGAGACAUGAAAGCCGCCAACGUGCUCAUCACACGGGACGGCGUCUUGAAAUUGGCCGAUUUUGGCUUGGCCCGAGCUUUCAGCCUGGCCAAAAACAGCCAGCCAAAUCGCUACACCAACCGAGUGGUGACUUUGUGGUACCGUCCACCAGAACUGCUGCUCGGAGAACGCGAUUAUGGGCCCCCCAUCGAUCUUUGGGGUGCCGGCUGCAUCAUGGCGGAGAUGUGGACGAGGAGCCCCAUCAUGCAAGGCAACACGGAACAGCACCAGCUCACCCUGAUCAGCCAGCUCUGCGGCUCCAUCACCCCCGAGGUCUGGCCCAACGUGGACAAAUACGAGCUCUACCAGAAGCUGGACCUCCCCAAGGGACAGAAGCGCAAAGUGAAGGAGCGGCUGAAGGCUUACGUCAAAGAUCCCUACGCCUUGGAUCUCAUCGACAAGCUGCUGGUGCUGGAUCCCGCCCAGCGGAUCGACAGCGACGACGCCCUGAACCACGACUUCUUCUGGUCGGAUCCCAUGCCUUCCGAUCUCAAGAACAUGCUGUCCACCCACAACCAAUCCAUGUUCGAGUACUUGGCCCCGCCCAGGAGAAGAGGCGGGCACAUGCCCCAGCAGCCGGCCAAUCAGGGCAGGAACCCCGCGGCAACCAAUCAGACUGAGUUCGACCGGGUCUUUUGAAUCCAAAUCGCGUCGAGACGGAGAUUUUAACGCAUUGUGCUUUCUUAUAUAUAUAUUUUUUUUAUGAUUUCCCCCUCUCCCCCUUUCUUUCUUUCUUUUUUGCGGGGGUGACAGAACAAUGGGAAUAGUCAGAUUCGGACGAUUUCCAGGUCUCCGAAAAUUGCAAAUUGAUGGAAAACUCUGCAAGGACCUAAAUUGGACUUGGAGCCGUGGCCGAAAGCAUGUGGCUUGCCAUUUAUUUUAUUUUUAUUUUAUUUUAUUUUAUUUUAAUUUUUUUUUUGAAAUGGUUUCUUGUAUUCCCGAAAUGGGUUCCCCCUUCCUUCCUGGAUUUGGAGGUCUUUGCUUGAAGGCUGGCACGAAUCGGCUGCUGUCAAUUUCAUAUUUCGCUGCAGGGAGACGAGGGCUGGGAAUCUGAUAAAAAUAGGUACUACUCGCAUUCAUUGUCUUCCGGUCAAGAUCCCAACCUGGGCCAAAGAAUUUAGCUGGACAUUGGUGACCACGGAUAUGAUCCCGGUGUUUGCUUUUAGGCCUGUUUCUCGCAGCACAAAUAGCACACUCUCGCUUUCUUUUCUUUUUUUUUUCUCUCUCUCUCUCUCCCCCUCGCUUUAAUUUUGCAAUUUUUUUCCCUCCUUUUUUUUUUUUAAAAAAAAGGAAAAAACCCCUUUUUCCUGGGAUAGUAAAAUCCACGACGUGCUUCCUUCCUCCCUUUCGGAAGCUUAGCUCUCUUGCAGGAGGCUAAGUGAUUUAAAAAGAAAAAAAAAAAGAAAAAGAAAAAUAACCAUCGGCAGUCUUGAAAAGUUUGCCGUCUCGAGCUCUUCUGACUCUUUUGAUUCUGCAGAUGGAACUUUUGGUUUAUCAUGUUGGUCUCUUUGCGACGCCGAGACGAAAUCUUCCUCGAAUGAAUGAAAUUGGAAUUGAACGCAUUUAUUAUACCUGCUGGAAUUGGAUUCUCAGCCCCGCAACAAAGGCUCGGAGUUAGUAACCUACGGAUCAUUUAACGUGAAUUAACCCCGGGAGAAAGUAAUGAAUGAAGCUAGAAGAACUGCAAAAAAAAAUUAAAAAAUUAUAUAUAUCUAUAUAUAAGAAAAAAUUAAAAGCUAUGAAAAAACAAUAAAA